UCCUCCUACACCAAACAACAAAAAAGAAAGAUGCUACUCAGUCACCAAACAAAUACCAGGCUGCGCGCGUGUACGGUGCGCCACAACCUAAUACUGCGAACGCCUGUGGAAAAAAAGAAAGACCAUUCCUCGUAUUCCCACCUUGCGUUUGCCAAGCACUGCCCGCUGCUCUCCACUAUGGCCUACACUGUACCGUGCUCUCUGUACAAUGCAUGCGCGCCACCCCUACGGCACCAGUAUUCUUCCGGCGUCGACUGAGCGACUGAGUUUACCAUCGCGUUUGUGUUGUGGCUUGCUUGAACUUGCAGCGCGUAUGCUAUCAAGUGCGACAAACGAUGCAUUCAAACGCAAAUCUUGCGCGUAGAUGUCGCCGAGAGUAAGCAUCUACUUCGACAGAUAUGCCUGCGUCGCGACUGAAUCAGAGUUGUGGGUGCGAGCGUGAGACGGUCUCUUUUUUUCCUUCCUUGAUACAAUGACGUGGGCUCUGACACCUUCAGUCUUCUUGAAGAAGAUGAACCAACUGAGGUGCACAAAGCCGGCAAAAAUAUUUUGAUUUACAUUGACACUGUGGUCCAUUCAAACAGUGACAUUUUCAGCGAUUUAAACCUUUUGUACAGGGCUUCUCUCUCGCGCCGUGGAGAGUGGUGGGAUCUACGUCCAGGGUCCGCGUACCUCUUCGAGCAGCGCAGAAACUGGAAAUGAAGAUAGUGCCUACCCUCUCAGUCAACCAAAAUCCCAUCUUGUCAAUAAUAAGCAUCAGAGGUAACCAAGAGAAACAGCCAUGCCAAGACGAACCUUUGCCCUACCGUGAUCGGAAAUCGCUUAUAGUCUUGGAUGGCACAAGACGAGGCUAGGCAAACUGCCUAAUUGGGAAACUCGCAAUUCUCUCCAUGGUGCCAAGCAUAGCGCUCAUGGCGUAGCAAUGUUUUGCUGCGAUUGUAAUGAGAAAAAUGUAAAGGGAAAUUAAAAGACAGCACUAACAAUAUCCGAGGAUAGUCUCUAGUCAUCUCGUGAACUGCCAUGCGAGCGGGUUACGAGCACUCAAGGCUGGUCUAUAUAAUGCUGCCCAGUCCACCUUGAAAGGAGCCAGACAAGUGCAGUAACACACAAUACUAUCAAAACAAACGAUACAAUCACUCUCAACUUAAUCUCACACAAUCUUCUCCAUUUUUCAACAGACUUUUAACGUCACUAUGAAGUUUCUCCUCGUGGCGGCUCUUACCGCUCUCACAACCGCCUCCGCAGUCGACAAGGUUAUCCAAGAGACACACAACUGCAUCUUCAACAGCGGUUGCUGGGAGAAGACACUCAAGGCCAAGAACUGCGCCGCUACCAAUGUAACAUGCGCAUGUGCAGGCGAUAGUGAUGAUAUCGGCAAGGUCAGAGCUGGCGUUGCCGCCUGUGUUAAACCCACUUGCGGCAAGCUCAAGUCAUAUUCAUCCCUGGCUUGGGAAUUCAACAUUGGGACAUUGUGCACUGGCGAGGACCCCACGCAAGAGCAGCUUGACAAUGCAGCCCAAAUCAUCAAGGACAAGAUGGCGUCGCCACAGGAGAAGCCUACUCCCGGAGGCAACGGAGGCGAUAUCGACGUUGGCGGCAUUCUCGACGGUAGCGGUAUUGACAUUGGCGACAUCAUGAAUGGUGGAAACGGAAAUCCUUCUGGCGGAAAUGGUGCCAUCACCAUUCCCGGUAUGACCGGCAAGACCAGCGACGGCGCAGUCGUUGCCGUCAGCAUGGGCGCUCUCGCAGCUUUGUCUCUAGCCAGUUUUGCCUUCUUGUAAGCCGCAGGUACUAUAUCAUCGUAGCUUUUUGUACAUGUUCCAUGUAUUAUAUCAACCCUUUUUAUACCUUUUUAGCCAAUGUUACGAUGUUGUGCUCCUCUCUCUCUGAUACCGAUUGCGCCACAUCUGGGUUUCC